GGACUUGAGGCCCCACCCACCAUAGUUAAGUCAGACGUAAAGCCCUGGAAGGGAUUGUUCUACAUGGGAGCCCAGACUUCCGCUUGAACGUUUCUUUCUCCCAGGGAGAUGAGCCAUGAACAGUCGGAGAGAGGCCAAGUACAGCAAGCUGCCAGGUGAUGGAGCCCUGGGAGUGCCGCCUAGAGAGGCACAAGAAGACACGACAUGGCUCUCCUGCCCGUGAUGCCGUGACUUCUAACACAGAAAGCAAGCGAAACCCUCUCAGUUCCCUCCAUUGCGAGAAGCAGCAGCAGUGUAAGCACUUCGUACACGGAGAAGGCAACCGCAGGCAAACAUGGUCUCUCGACCACCAGGAUUCGGAUGAAGCCCAUGCGAUAGUGUACGUGGGACUCUGCAAACCUCGCUUCUGAUUUGCCAGCAGCUCUCUAGCAGGCAUCUCCAAGCAAGAAGUGGGACUUCCUGUUUGCCUUCUGCCCACUUCCUGUCUCUGAGCGUCUCCAUGCCAACGCCUGCUCACGCCUUCUGGCUGCGGGUCUUUGAUGUAGCUGCUCUGAGCCAGCCUGCAAAACUGGAGAGGAACCCAAGACAGUUGGAUGUCUUGUGAAUAUAGGAAAAAUACAUUUUGGAGAGUUGGAACAUGAGGAGAUAGGAUCUCCAGUUGACUUCUGUGGAACCCAGCUAGUCUUCAUUUGCAAACAGAGUCACAUCCUGGCAAGAGAUCUUCCUAAAGCAGGACGACAUAAAGGGUUCCAACCUCCUCCUCCUUCCCUGUGUCCAAACUCCACUACUCUCCCAUCCCAUGAAGAUGACUCAGUGGAAGAAACUCUGCCGUCGGUGUCACCUGUGGGUCCUGGGGUGCUAUUUGCUGUUGGCCAUCGUCUCACUCAGAUUCUCUCUCAGAUGGAGCUGUGACUUUGAGCACCUGGACCUGGACUCCAAGGCUUUUCGAAGCCGGUACUGUAGGGACAUCUUGUACAGGUCCCUGAAGCUGCCAGCAAAAGGCACCAUCAACUGUUCGGGGAUCACCCGCGGGGACCAGGAGGCAGUGAUCCAAGCUGUCCUGAAUAAUCUGGAGGUCAAGAAAAAGCGGGAACCUCUCACACCUGACCACUACCUCGAACUGACCAGAGACUGCGAGCGCUUCAAGGAGGAGAGGAAGUUCAUCCAGUUCCCACUGAGCAAAGAGGAGUUGGAAUUCCCAAUCGCCUACUCUAUGGUGGUUCAUGAGAAGAUUGAAAACUUUGAGAGGUUGCUGCGAGCUCUGUAUGCCCCUCAGAACAUAUACUGUGUCCAUGUGGAUACCAAAUCCCCCGAAAGUUUCAAAAAAGCUGUGGAGGCCAUUACUUCAUGCUUCCCCAAUGUCUUCAUAGCAAGUAAGCUAGUGUCUGUAGUUUAUGCCUCCUGGUUCCGGGUACAGGCUGACCUGAACUGCAUGGAAGACUUGCUACAGAGCCCGGUGCCAUGGAAAUACUUUCUGAACACAUGCGGUACAGACUUCCCUAUAAAGACGAACGCCGAAAUGGUCCAGGCCUUCAAACUGUUGAAUGGGAAAAAUAGUAUGGAGACAGAGGUGCCUACUGAAGGCAAAAGGCACCGCUGGAAAUAUCACUAUGAAGUGAAAGACACAUUGUACAUAACCAACAGGAAGAAAGACCCUCCGCCUUAUAAUAUAACUAUGUUCACGGGAAAUGCCUAUUUUGUGGCUUCUAGAGACUUCAUAAAACAUGUCAUAAAGAACCCCAAAUCUCAAGAACUGAUUGAGUGGGUCAAAGAUACCUACAGCCCAGACGAACACCUCUGGGCAACGCUGCAGCGUGCACCAUGGAUGCCUGGCUUCACCCCUUGGCACCGCAAGUAUGACAUCUCAGACAUGACUUCCAUUGCCAGACUUGUCAAGUGGCAGGACCACGAGGGAGAUGUCAAGAAGGGGGCGCCUUAUGCACCUUGCUCUGGAGUCCAUCAGCGGGCUGUCUGUAUUUAUGGGGCUGGGGACCUGCACUGGCUAUUGCAGAACCAUCACCUGUUGGCCAACAAAUUUGACCCAAAGGUGGAUGACAACGUUCUUCAGUGCUUAGAAGAGUACCUCCGUCAUAAGGCCAUCUAUGAGACUGAACUCUGAGACACACGGUGGUAGGGAUAUGUCUAAAUGGGCCAGCACUUGCUGGGAACGUUUGGGGUGGGAGAGUAGGGCUGCCCCUAGGAGACAGGGGCUGUACUGUAGGGGUGCAGGUAGGCACCUGUGCUGCCUGGGUGACUGCUGAUUGUUCGCUCGCCCUUAUCCACAGCAGUUCCUUCACUGACUUCCUCACCGGGUAAGAAUAAGAACUACUGUUAAAUGGGAGGUGAAAGGAUAGGUGUGUGACAGGGGAUCCUGGAUUUUUGUUGAAUGCUUGGGAUCAGGUUUUCAAUUCUAUGAGGGGCACUGCCCCUAACAAUGCUAGGUUUGAUAGUAGGAGGGGGACUUGGAUGGAAUGAAUGUCUUCCUUUUUGUAUUUAUUUUUAAAUAAAUACUUUUGAUGCAAA